AUGAGCAUGCAAUUCUGGAAACCUGGAACCGUCGCGCCAGGUUCUUCGUUGGACAGAGCGACUGAAUCCGAAGGAGCGCUCUUACAAUCCGCGCCAGUCUCGACUGCAUUCGUGGGACUGCAAGAACAACGUGAGAGACUGCCGAUAUUCCGCUACAAGCGGCAGUUGCUAUAUACAGUAGAGAAAUAUGGAGUCACAAUUGUCGUUGCAGAGACUGGAUCUGGAAAGACGACGCAACUACCGCAGUAUCUUUUCGAGGCUGGUUGGGCCGCGAAAGGACAUGUCAUUGCAUGCACCCAGCCUCGUCGUGUUGCAGCUACGAGCGUCGCCACCCGCGUCGCUCAGGAGGUCGGUUCAAUCUUGGGCGACGAGGUGGGCUAUACGAUUCGCUUUGAGGAUGUCUCGGAUAAGCAGCGUACGCGUAUCAAGUAUAUGACGGAUGGCAUGCUCUUUCGUGAGACAAUGGUGGAUCCCCUACUUAGUCGAUAUAGUGUGAUCAUGGUCGACGAGGCGCAUGAAAGAAGUCUCUACACAGACCUCUUGCUAGGAGUCCUCAAAAAGAUCCGCCGAAAGCGACCUAGCUUGCGACUGAUCAUAUCAUCCGCCACUCUCGACGCUUCGACUUUUCUUCAUUACUUUUCUUCCUCACCGCCUCAACCAUUCGAAGCUACUGUGCUCAACAUUCCCGGCCGAAUGUACCCGGUCGAAAUCGCAUAUCUCAGUGAGCCCACUGAGGAUUAUGUACGAAAAGCGGUUCAAACCGUCUGGGAUCUCCAUUUGAAGGGAAACAGAGAUGGCAGCGGCGACGUUCUCGUCUUUCUUACUGGCCGCGAGGAGAUUGAACGUGCCCUUUACGAGAUAUCUGAGCUUCUACCAACACUUCCAAAUAGCGCACCUCGCCUCAAUGUCGUUCCUCUCCAUGCAGGUCUUUCAACAUCAGACCAACUUCAAGUAUUCCAGACGUCCGAGAGGGGGUCACGGAAGGUUGUCAUUUCCACCAACAUCGCUGAAGCUAGCGUCACAAUAGAUGGGAUCAAGUUUGUGAUUGAUUGCGGAUUUAUUCGCGUUCAUAAUCCAGUCACCUCCCUUUCUUCACUCGUUACCCAGCCCAUCUCUUUCUCUUCAGCCGUCCAACGGGCAGGGCGUGCGGGUCGAACAGCGCCUGGUGUAUGCUAUCGGCUUUAUACGGUAGAUUCGUUAUCUCAACUUUCAAAAUCCACGGCGCCCGAGGUGACAAGAGUCGACCUAACGACACCAAUCCUUCAACUCAAAGGCCUGGGCAUCGACGACUUGAUGAAGUUUGAAUGGGUCUCGCCACCCCCAGCGGAGAACGUUCUCAGAGCGCUGGAGACGCUUGUCGCCGCUGGAAUGCUCAAUCGGGAUGAUGCCCGGCUCACGGAGGUCGGCGCGAAAGUGGCAGAAGUACCGGUGGAUAUCGGUGUCGCCAGAAUGCUCUGGGGCAGUAAAGAGUUCAAGUGUGGGGAGGAGAUUCUCACCAUCGCUGCUAUGGUCGCAGUUCAAGAUGUAUUUGUCAUUCCAGACGGUGCCGCAGGAGCCAUGGCGGAAUUAGAACGGCGAAAGUUCACAGCCGAGGAAGGUGACCAUUUGACUCUUCUGAAUGCGUAUAACGCAUUCAUUCGUUAUGGGAAGUCAUCUAAAUGGUGUCAGACACACGCACUCUCCUUCAGAGCCAUGUCUCGCGCCGUUUCAAUCCGAGCUCAGCUCAAGAAGUAUAUGACUCGGUUUGGCCUCCCAACCGAAAGCUGCGAAGGGGACGCAACGCGGCUUCGGCGGUGUUUAGUGAGUGGGAUGUGGAGGAACGGCGCAAAGUGGGUGGCAGACGGGACGUACCGAAGCGUCCGAGGCAAUGUCACUUUACAUGUGCAUCCCAACUCGGUCAUGUUCACACGUAAACCGCGUUCUGGAUGGGUGGUUUUCCAUGAGAUGGAGGAGACCAAGAAGACACAGAUCCGAGUACUGACAGAGAUAGAGCCGGAUUGGCUCCUCGAGUAUGGCCAUAAAUAUCUGGAUAGGCACACAGGCGAAGUCAAGACGUAG